UUAAAGAUAAAAAUAUUUAGAAAUUAAAAAUAAAGUGCACCAGCAAACAGAAAGUGACAAGUGAAAGUGACCAGUGACUAUAGCCCAUGACGUUCACCUUAAUUGCUCACAAUGCCCGAAACCGAUCAAACGGAUCAUUUGUGGGAUUUCUGGUCUUUUUCCGGCGAUUGCCACCGAGCUAAAAACUAAAAUGUCAACUAACUGUCGCGCAAAAUCUAACCUGUUACUUUGAGUGCGCAGUGAUACGGAACGCUCGGGUCAAUAUGAACAGGUGACGUACAUUCACGCCAUGACUCACUCUCAACCAAUCAGAAUGCUGGAUAUAAUCUACUCGUAUUAUGAAAUCAUUAUAUACACAGUAUAAUUUACAGUACCAGUCAAAAGUUUUGGACACUCUUUCUCAUUGAAUUGUGAGAAUGGGCAUUGAAUUGUUCUCCCACACUACUCCACUCCUCUUUGUACAAGCAUUAUAUUUUAAGUGAUGGGAAUGAACUAAGUAUAUCUACUGUAAUGUUUAGAAAAUGUUACACUUUUUCAUCUUUUAUUUUAUACUUGGUUUAACAGUUGUUUGACCGAUUUAGUUUGUCUGCAGACUUGAGAUUUGAACUUAGCAUCAUCAUCAUCGUCAUAUAAAAAAGUCAAUCUCAACUAAAUAUAAAGUACUAUGUUUACAUUGUGGUAUCAUUUCAUAUUGAAGUACUUAAUGGGCAGGCUGGUCACUUUUGUUUUUUUAUUAUAUUGCAAUAUUAAUACUGAAGCUGUAAAACUCUUGGUGGUUAACCACAUUAUUACUGAUGGGAUCAUAUACUCUGAAAUGUAGUGGAAAGUGUACAGUGGGAUGAAAUGCAUUGUGGUAGAACUGCGCCCCAUCCCAACUCUGGAACGCCCUUCUUUCAAAAAAUCAAGACGCGUUUCGAUUGGCUGCUUUGGGACCGCGUGACCAACGGUCGCGGGAAGUCCUUUGCUACGCGCGUGAUAGGAAGAACUCUUACCCACUCGUUCGAACUUGUUUAUUAUUUAACAUUGGUUUGUUUCUCUCCUGUGGAAAGACGUGUUUCUGAAUUGGUGAGUCAUCGCUAACGUAUCGACGGAUACCGAUACUCGACUGGACCCCCGUGUAUCCCGUACUGGUGGUUUAAUUUCACUUCGGGACGUUGUUCCGCAACUCACUCCGGGGCCAUUUCUCCGCGCUGGAUGGGCGUGUAGGAGUUGGCUCACAAGUUAACGUUUCACUGGAUGCUAGCGGACCUUUAAGCGACUCGCGGUACUUUUUUGACACUUUGAAGUCAAUACCUUUAUUUGAAGGUAGUUGGUGGUCGUAUUGAGUCCUCUCUACGAACGGUAGUGGGGGUCCAGCCGUUUUUUUUGUUUUUGUUUUACCGUCGACGACCCCGUGGUUUAAAUCCUGGACAUGUCGAGCUUAAGUCGCCAUCGGCACGGAUCUCCGUCUCCUAGAGUUCCACCGAUUCGGCAGAAACUGCAGUUCACGUGCAGCGACGAGGAGGACGAGCCCAUCGAGGACGUCAACAACAGCACGGGCGGAGAGUCCGGCUUCACGGAGAUGGACUCCCCGAUGCCGGUGCGACGGGUCGCCAAAGACAAGCGGCUGGAGGGCGACAGUAGCCCGCUGAACCGGUCCGGCGGAGACGACGACGUGGAGCUGUGGGACGAGGAGAGUUUCGGGUCUCCGACUCACCUGCGAUCGCCGAGAAGCGUUAUCUUCGCCAACUGCUCGCUUUCGCCGCGCAAGGCUUCCCGGUUGUACGGAGGGUCACCGGAGCGGUCCUACGUGCAUGCCGACGGGGAAGGAUCCAGCUCCCCGAUCCCGGACUGCCCCGACACACCGCCGCACAAAACGUUCAGAAAACUCAGACUGUUUGACACACCGCACACACCAAAGAGCUUGCUGUCCCGAGCCAGGGCCUCUGGCUUGGGAUCCUCCAGCAGGAGAGUUGCCCUGUUCAAGAAUGCAGAGCCUUCAAGAAAGUCAUUCACAAACGAGGGCAGGAGACAGGAGACCCCCCUGGUCAACUUUAACCCCUUCACACCAGACUCCUUCCUCAUCCUGUCUGCUACACAGCAGAGAAACAGGAAGCGAGCACACUGGAAUGACUCAUGUGGAGAAGACAUGGAGGCAAGUGACGGCGAGGGAGAGGAUGAAGUUUUGCCCCCAUCAAAGAGGAUCACCAUGAUGGAGAGCAACAUAAUGUCCAGGUACGCCUCAGAGUUCCUCGAGCUGGAGAAGAUUGGCUGCGGAGAGUUUGGUGCCGUGUUCAAGUGUGUGAAAAGACUCGAUGGCUGCAUCUACGCCAUCAAGAGGUCAAAGAAACCUCUGGCCGGCUCAGUGGACGAACAGAACGCCCUGCGGGAGGUGUACGCCCACGCUGUGCUGGGCCAGCAUCCCCACGUGGUGCGCUACUACUCCGCCUGGGCCGAGGACGACCACAUGCUCAUUCAGAACGAGUACUGCAACGGUGGCACGCUCUCCGACGCCAUCUCCGAGAAUUACAGGCGGCUCAGUUACCUGAGCGAGCUGGAGCUGAAGGACCUGCUGCUGCAAGUCACACGGGGCCUUAAGUACAUCCACUCCACGUCUCUGGUGCACAUGGACAUCAAGCCCAGUAACAUCUUCAUUUCACAAAAAUCUGUAUCCAGCUGUGAUGAAUGUGAUGAUGACGAAGGAGUGACCACCAGCGUCGUCUACAAAAUAGGAGAUCUGGGUCAUGUGACACGGGUGAACAAUCCGCAAGUGGAGGAAGGGGACAGCAGAUACCUGGCCAAUGAAAUUUUACAAGAGGACUACAGUAAGUUGACGAAGGCGGACAUCUUUGCCCUGGCUCUGACUGUCGUCAACGCCUCGGGGGCGGAGCCUCUUCCCACCAACGGAGACAAAUGGCACGAGAUCCGAGAGGGAAAACUGCCUGCCAUCCCCCAAGUGCUUUCUCCAGAGUUUCUCAGUCUUCUCAAGCUGAUGAUUCAUCCCGAUCCAAGUGGACGGCCGUCCACGUCGGAACUCAUCAAACACCCGGUGCUCCUCACGGCUUCCCGGAUGAGCGCCAUUCAGCUCCGAGUGGAGCUCAAUGCGGAGAAGUUCAAGAAUGCACUGCUCCAGAAGGAGCUGAAGAAGGCCCAGCAGGCUCGAGCUGCCGCAGAGGAGAAGGUUUUGUCCACCGACCGGAUCCUGACCCGCUCCACGGUGCAGUCGAAUCCCAGAACCUCCAGACUCAUCGGCAAGAAGAUGAACCGGUCGGUCAGCCUCACCAUCUACUAAUACUUUAACCCUAACCCCCCGACAGGAAGUUAAACACAAAAGCUCAUGGACCUAUUUAAAUGAAACACAUUCAGAUGGAAUGAAUCUUUUUAAGUUUUUCUUUUCCUAGUGAGCCGUGUCCUUCGUUGCGAAAGAUAUUGAACUUGAACCCUCCACAGACUCUUAUUGCCAACAUGGUUCAGCUUUUCUUUUUUUUUCAAAUGAACUUUUACCUUUGGAAGAUAUAAACUGUCCUGUCAAAAUGCUUUACCUUACUUUUUACACUGUCAUUCCUUAAGUUUGCAUGUACGUCAGGCUCCAUCACCGUUUCUGUCCUUGCACUUCCCUUCAACAAAGCCUGUUGUCCGUGGACUGAAGCCGCAGUGAAGCUCUCUUCAGUGUGAAUGUACUUGCCGUGUGCACCUUACUGCCUGGCAAAUGCCUGAUGAGGGGAACCAGAAGGUCUGAGAACUGACAAGUCUGUGUUUGUAUGGAGCACUUUGAAGGUAGGAAGGGAGGAAGGAAGAAAAAGGGAAACCUGCUGCUAUUGAUGUUUGUGUGUAUCGGGGUUUGACCCAUUUCAGGUUGGCCAGUUCUAGAGGUGUUUGGCUCUUAUUUUGAUGUACCCCCUCCCCAGCCCCCAAUUAAUUUGUAUUCUUCUGGUUGCAUGGAGAACGGGUCAUGACAUUAAAGCCAAACUGCUCCGUUUUGUUUUUAAGUACCAAAACAAGCGAGCCGACUCAUUAUCUGUGCGGUUCGACGUGAUCUGAUGUCUGUUGAUUCCGAUGUACCCUAACCCUAACCCCUUACCUCCACACUCAUCUUCUAUAACUGGUUAGAAAAGUAUUCCUCGUCUUUUUUGGUAAUUUCUCCUUCUAAGCUCUAACACAACAACUUUUCUGUUGUUAUCCUUGUAUAUAUGUUCUUUUAAAAAAUUAUUUCCAUCUACAUCUUGUGUACUUUUAUUGUGUGUAGGUUAACAUUUUUUAAAUUGGUCCGAUUGCCGUCUUUUGAGAUUUAAUAAAAAUGUCAAAUAUAAAUGAGUGUAUUAAUGCAUACAGAACAAGGUGGUGUGCGGCUAUAAAAAACAUUAAGAGUAUACCGCAAAGAAAUUUUCUUAAUUCACGUAAAAAAUGGUGGAAAAUAUGUAGUUUGUCAUCUAUUACAUCAAACAAAUGUAUACAAAUAUGUAUUAUGACUUUCUGAGUAUAGUUCAGCAUGAAGUUGUGUGCGUCUUAAACAUAUUGUAUAAAUGUCAUAUAGAAUAACUUACAUGUCACAGUAAAGUACUUCAUAAAAACGUAAA